GCGAUCUAUAUCCAGAGAACGCUUGAGAGUGCGACCUAUGAAUUCACUACCUCUUGAACCAACCUGAAUAAUGGCCGUUUGGUUUGAAAUUUGUAAAAAUUGUAAAAAAAAAGAACAACAAUUGUAUUGGUGUCAUAGAACUAUUUGGAAACCCUAUUUUUUCUCGAUCUAUCUAUUGAAAUCUUGUACGAUCUGAAGCAGCCAUGGAUAUUCGAUUUCCAUACUCGCCGGCGGAGGUCUCCAAAGUCCGUUUUGUUCAGUUCGGCAUCAUCAGCCCCGAUGAAAUUAGGCAAAUGUCGGUGGUGCAUAUCGAGCACAGUGAGACGAUGGAGAGAGGGAAGCCAAAGAUUGGCGGCCUUAGCGAUCCUCGUCUGGGUACCAUUGAUCGGAAGAUGAAGUGCGAGACCUGUAUGGCCAGUAUGGCAGAGUGUCCUGGACACUUUGGGCACCUUGAGCUUGCCAAACCCAUGUUCCAUAUUGGGUUUAUAAAAACAGUACUCAGUAUUAUGCGGUGUGUUUGCUUCAAUUGCUCCAAAAUUCUUGCCGAUGAGGAGGAUCACAAAUUUAAACAGGCUCAGAAAAUCAGAAAUCCCAAAAACAGGCUUAAAAAGAUUUUAGAUAGCUGCAAGAGCAAAACCAAAUGCGAAGGUGGUGAUGAAAUUGAGUCCCAAGGUCAAGACACUGAUGAACCAGUUAAGAAGAGUAGAGGGGGUUGUGGUGCUCAGCAGCCAAAGCUUACUAUUGAAGGUAUGAAAAUGAUUGCUGAAUACAAGAUUCAGAAAAAGAAAAGUGACGACCCUGAACAGCUUCCCGAACCUGUUGAAAGGAAACAACAGCUUUCUGCUGAAAGGGUUCUUAAUGUCCUCAAGCGAAUAAGUGAUGAAGACUGCAUUUUGUUGGGUUUGAAUCCUAAGUUUGCCCGUCCAGAUUGGAUGAUUUUGCAAGUCCUCCCAAUACCUCCCCCUCCUGUAAGACCUUCGGUGAUGAUGGAUACAUCCGCACGGAGUGAGGAUGAUUUGACCCAUCAGUUGGCCAUGAUCAUAAGGCAUAAUGAGAAUCUGAGGAGACAGGAGAGAAAUGGGGCUCCUGCACAUAUAAUAUCUGAAUUUGCACAAUUGUUGCAGUUCCAUGUAGCUACAUAUUUUGACAAUGAGCUUCCGGGUCAGCCAAGGGCUACACAGAGGUCAGGCCGCCCUAUUAAAUCAAUCUGCAGUAGGCUUAAAGCUAAGGAGGGUCGGAUUAGGGGUAACUUGAUGGGUAAGCGGGUCGAUUUUUCAGCACGGACAGUCAUCACCCCAGAUCCAACCAUUAACAUUGAUGAAUUGGGAGUUCCAUGGAGUAUUGCUUUGAAUUUGACGUAUCCAGAAACUGUCACUCCGUAUAAUAUUGAAAGGCUAAAGGAGCUUGUUGAAAAUGGCCCUCAUCCUCCCCCUGGGAAAACUGGAGCCAGGUACAUCAUUAGAGAAGAUGGUCAGAGGCUUGAUCUUCGUUAUUUGAAGAAAAGUAGUGACUGUCAUCUGGAGCUCGGAUACAAGGUGGAGCGACACUUAAAUGAUGGAGACUUUGUUCUCUUUAACCGUCAACCCAGUCUUCAUAAGAUGUCUAUCAUGGGGCAUAAAAUCAAGAUCAUGCCAUACUCAACUUUUCGCUUAAAUUUGUCUGUCACUUCCCCGUACAAUGCGGAUUUUGAUGGAGAUGAAAUGAACAUGCAUGUACCUCAGUCUUUUGAAACCAGAGCAGAAGUUCUGGAGUUGAUGAUGGUACCUAAAUGCAUCGUGUCUCCUCAAUCAAAUAGACCAGUCAUGGGUAUUGUGCAAGAUACCCUUUUAGGUUGCCGUAAGAUCACUAAGAGAGACACCUUCAUUGAGAAGGAUGUUUUCAUGAACAUUUUGAUGUGGUGGGAGGAUUUUGAUGGGAAAAUACCCGCACCUGCAAUCUUGAAGCCUAGACCCCUUUGGACAGGGAAGCAAGUUUUUAAUCUCAUCAUUCCCAAGCAGAUAAAUCUCUUGAGGACGUCAGCUUGGCAUGCAGAAACCGAAACUGGACAUAUUACUCCGGGAGACACUCAUGUUCGAAUAGAAAGGGGGGAAGUUCUUUCUGGCACUCUUUGCAAGAAAACCCUUGGCACUUCUACAGGAAGUCUAAUUCAUGUUAUCUGGGAGGAGGUUGGCCCUGACGCUGCUCGCAAGUUCUUGGGACAUACCCAAUGGCUUGUGAACUAUUGGCUUUUGCAGAAUGGUUUUAGUAUCGGUAUUGGAGACACAAUUGCAGAUGCAUCAACUAUGGAAAAAAUUAACGAAACUAUUUCUAAGGCAAAAAACGAGGUGAAAGAACUUAUUAGGGCUGCACAAGAUAAGCAGUUAGAGGCGGAGCCUGGACGAACUAUGAUGGAAUCAUUUGAGAACAGAGUGAAUCAGGUGUUGAACAAAGCUCGUGAUGAUGCUGGAAGUAGUGCCCAGAAAAGCUUAUCGGAGAGUAACAAUCUCAAGGCCAUGGUUACAGCAGGGUCUAAAGGAAGUUUCAUUAAUAUAUCACAGAUGACUGCUUGUGUGGGACAGCAAAAUGUUGAGGGUAAGCGAAUCCCUUAUGGCUUCAUAGAUCGGACUCUUCCCCAUUUCACCAAGGAUGACUAUGGACCUGAGAGUCGUGGUUUUGUGGAGAACUCUUAUCUUCGAGGGUUGACUCCCCAAGAGUUCUUUUUCCAUGCCAUGGGUGGUAGAGAAGGUUUGAUUGAUACUGCAGUCAAAACUUCUGAGACUGGUUAUAUCCAGAGGCGAUUAGUGAAAGCUAUGGAAGAUAUUAUGGUUAAGUAUGAUGGUACAGUCAGGAACUCCCUGGGAGAUGUCAUUCAGUUUCUUUAUGGGGAAGAUGGUAUGGAUGCUGUCUGGAUUGAGUCACAGAGGGUUGAAUCCCUUAAAUUGAAGAAGUCUGAGUUCGACAGGACGUUCAGAUAUGAGAUCGAUGAUGAUGACUGGAACCCUAAUUACAUGUUGCCAGAGCACGUUGAGGAUCUUAAAACUAUUCGUGAGUUUCGCAAUGUAUUUGAUGCCGAAGUUCAGAAACUCGAAGUCGACCGAUUGCAGCUGGGGACUGAGAUUGCAACCACUGGUGAUAACAAUUGGCCGAUGCCUGUUAAUCUCAAGAGGCUUAUUUGGAAUGCACAGAAUACAUUUAAGGUUGACUGUAGGAGACCUUCCGAUAUGCAUCCUAUGGAGAUUGUGGAAGCCAUUGAUAAACUUCAGGAGAGGCUGAAGGUUGUCCCUGGUGACGAUUUGAUGAGCAUGGAAGCUCAGAAAAAUGCCACUCUCUUCUUCAACAUUCUUCUACGUAGUACAUUUGCAAGUAAGAGGGUGUUGAAAGAAUACAGUUUAACUCGGGAGGCAUUUGAGUGGGUAAUUGGUGAGAUAGAAUCACGUUUUCUACAGUCCCUUGUAGCGCCCGGAGAAAUGAUUGGUUGUGUUGCUGCUCAGUCCAUUGGUGAGCCUGCCACCCAGAUGACUUUGAACACCUUCCACUAUGCAGGUGUGAGUGCCAAGAAUGUCACUCUUGGUGUACCUAGGUUGAGGGAAAUUAUAAAUGUGGCCAAAAAAAUUAAAACCCCUUCUCUCUCUGUCUACUUGAAGCCCGAAGUAAGCAAAACCAAAGAAAGGGCCAAGAAUGUUCAAUGUGCUUUGGAAUACACUACACUACGCAGUGUAACGCAAGCUACCGAAGUAUGGUAUGAUCCAGAUCCCAUGAGUACCAUUAUAGAAGAGGAUGUUGACUUUGUCAAGUCUUAUUAUGAAAUGCCUGAUGAAGAAAUUGACCCUGAUAAAAUUUCUCCCUGGCUACUUCGUAUAGAACUAAAUCGAGAGAUGAUGGUGGAUAAAAAAUUGAGCAUGGCUGACAUUGCUGAGAAGAUCAAUCUAGAGUUUGAUGAUGAUUUAACUUGUAUAUUUAAUGACGAUAAUGCUGAAAAAUUGAUUCUUCGUAUCCGAAUCAUGAAUGAUGAGGCUCCUAAGGGGGAGUUGCAGGAUGAAUCUGCAGAAGAUGAUGUCUUCCUUAAGAAGAUUGAAAGUAAUAUGCUGACAGAAAUGGCCCUUCGAGGCAUCCCAGAUAUUAACAAGGUGUUCAUUAAAUCUGGUAAACUCAACAGAUUUGAUGAAAAUGAAGGAUUCAAGCCAGAGGUUGAGUGGAUGCUUGAUACCGAGGGCGUGAAUCUUUUGGCAGUUAUGUGUCAUGAAGAUGUUGAUGCUAAGAGAACAACAAGCAAUCACUUGAUUGAAGUGAUUGAAGUUCUUGGAAUUGAGGCAGUUCGUAGGUCCUUAUUGGAUGAGCUGCGAGUGGUUAUAUCUUUUGAUGGAUCAUAUGUAAAUUACAGGCACCUGGCUAUUUUGUGUGACACUAUGACUUACCGUGGUCACUUGAUGGCUAUCACUCGUCAUGGUAUUAACAGGAACGACACAGGACCAAUGAUGAGAUGCUCAUUUGAGGAGACGGUUGACAUUCUUCUUGAUGCUGCUGUAUAUGCCGAGACAGAUCACCUUCGGGGUGUUACUGAGAAUAUUAUGUUGGGUCAACUUGCCCCUAUCGGUACAGGUGACUGUGCCUUGUAUCUAAAUGAGCAGAUGCUGCAGCAAGCAAUUGAUAUUCAGCUUCCUAGUUACAUGGAAGGCCUGGACUUUGGCAUGACGCCUGCCCGUUCACCUAUCUCUGGUACCCCUUAUCAUGAUGGCAUGAUGUCCCCUAAUUACUUGCUCAGUCCAAAUCUUCGAUUAUCACCCAUCUCCGAUGCACAAUUUUCUCCUUAUGUUGGUGGUAUGGGCUUCUCUCCCACAUCCUCACCAGGAUACAGCCCUUCUUCUCCGGGAUACAGUCCCUCAUCACCUGGUUACAGCCCAACCUCUCCUGGUUAUAGCCCGACCUCUCCUGGAUAUAGUCCCACAUCACCAGGCUAUAGCCCCACUUCCCCCACAUAUAGUCCAAGCUCUCCAGGUUAUAGUCCAACCAGCCCUACAUAUUCCCCUACAAGUCCGUCUUACUCCCCCACCUCACCGAGCUAUAGUCCAACGUCACCCAGCUACAGCCCUACCUCUCCAAGUUACAGCCCGACAUCUCCCAGUUACAGUCCCACUUCCCCAAGUUACAGUCCCACUUCCCCAGCAUACAGCCCCACUUCUCCUGCUUACAGCCCUACUUCUCCCGCAUAUAGCCCUACGUCACCAUCCUAUAGCCCGACCUCUCCAUCCUACAGCCCUACUUCACCAUCCUACAGCCCAACCUCACCGUCCUACAGUCCAACCUCGCCUUCUUACAGCCCUACUUCUCCAUCAUACAGCCCUACCUCUCCUGUCUAUAGCCCAACUUCCCCCGGUUACAGUCCUACUUCUCCCAGCUAUAGCCCCACAUCUCCAAGUUACAGCCCCACUUCUCCAAGUUACAAUCCUUCAUCAGCAAAAUACAGCCCAUCCCUGGCGUAUUCCCCGAGCAGUCCAAGACUCUCUCCAUCCAGUCCAUACAGUCCAACGUCUCCUAAUUACAGCCCGACAUCACCUUCAUAUUCACCAACAUCGCCAUCGUACUCACCUUCAAGUCCAACGUACAGUCCUAGCAGCCCUUACAAUUCUGGUGUCAGCCCAGACUAUAGCCCAAGUUCACCACAAUACAGUCCAAGUGCUGGGUAUUCACCAAGUGCACCUGGAUAUUCACCAUCGUCUACCAGCCAGUAUACUCCACACACGAGCAACAAGGACAAUGGAAGUAAACGGUAGCUUGAAAUUUUCUUGAUAAUUUGAUGCAAAUCCUAUUGUGGAAAAUAAAUCUUUGGUUUUUGUUUCUAAGCGGAACCUCAAGGAAGACCUACCAGGAAUAUGAUUGAUGCUUCAACAUUGUACCCCCCACCCCUCGGCCCCUUCUUCCUGUCUUGUCUAAUUGAAAGGGAAGCUGUUGCGUCCUAAAUUAUCAUUUGUGGGAAGGAGGUGAACUUUGUAUUAUAGGCCCCAGUGAUCAUUACGUGUAUGCGUUGCAACCGCUUGAAUCUCUUCCGUAGGUUGAGCCCACUGUCCCGCUUCAUGAAGUUGAUCUUUGUAUUAGUGAUGUUUUUUUUUUAUUUGGAUUAUGAUCUGAUAUAUGUCUGCUCACUAAUGUGUUCAUGUAUUUACAUUGUUCAGUGUUAAUAUACUUUUGAGUAGUUUGUUUUUGUUUCUGUUUUAAAUGGUUUUUGUCGUAUAGAAAGGCAAGGU